AUGACAUCGAGGAAGGAAGCGGGAGAUUUGAAUCAAUCAGCGAGCACUGAACGACUAGGUGGCGUCGUCGUCGCCUCCGACGUCUCCCGAACCGCUCCAGCCAAUCAAUACCCUGAGAAAGCACCUUCACAUGCUGCACUGAGGCAGUCGUUCUCUCCCUCUACGCAUCUUAUCUUGCUCCAAGAAGUGCCCUGUGCAUAUGCAGCUUUGACAACCCAGUCUCGGUGCACACCUGCAGAGCCUGAUCCACCUCCUGAGGAGGCCGUCUUGUCCAUCUUUGACGUCAAAAACACCAGUGACCACCACCAAAAAGCCAUGCUCCGCUCCAGGAUUCAGUCUGGCCUUGUCGCCGCCGCCCGCACCGCGGAGCUCCGCGUCGCUCCCCGCGCGGCCGUUGUCGCCCCCAAGGCCGCCCGCGCCUUCGCGACCCGCCCCUCGGUUGCCCCUCGCUCGGCUAUGCUCUCGUUGAUGGGUGCCGGUGCCGUCCGCUCGUACGCCGCCGAGGCCGGUGGCCGCUUCUCGCGUGCCAAGCCCCACUUCAACAUUGGUACCAUUGGCCACGUCGACCACGGCAAGACCACCCUUACUGCCGCUAUCACCAAGCACCUCUCGGAGCAGGGUGGCGGCAAGUUCAUGGACUACUCGCAGAUUGACAAGGCCCCCGAGGAGAAGGCCCGUGGUAUCACCAUCUCGACUGCCCACGUCGAGUACGAGACCAAGAACCGCCACUACGCUCACAUUGACUGCCCCGGUCACGCCGACUACAUCAAGAACAUGAUUACCGGUGCUGCCCAGCUUGACGGUGCCAUCAUUGUCGUCUCGGCUACCGACGGUCAGAUGCCCCAGACCCGCGAGCACCUGCUCCUCGCCCGUCAGGUCGGUAUCAAGAAGCUCAUUGUCUUCAUCAACAAGGUCGACCAGGUUGACGACCCCGAGAUGCUCGAGCUCGUCGAGAUGGAGAUGCGCGAGCUUCUCUCCGAGUACGGCUACGAGGGCGAGGAGACCCCCAUUAUCAUGGGUACCGCCCUUGCCGCCCUUGAGGGCCGCGACCCCGAGCGUGGUGCCGCCAAGAUUGAGGAGCUCAUGCAGGCUGCCGACACUUGGCUCGACCUCCCCGAGCGUGACCUCGACAAGCCCUUCCUCAUGUACGUCGAGGACGUCUUCUCGAUCUCGGGCCGUGGUACCGUUGCCACCGGCAAGGUCGAGCGUGGAACCAUCACCAAGGGUUCCGAGGUUGAGAUUGUCGGCAUGGGCUCCAACCUCAAGACCACCCUUACCGGUAUUGAGAUGUUCCACAAGGAGCUCGACCGUGGUGAGGCCGGUGACAACAUGGGUGCUCUCCUCCGUGGUGUCAAGCGCGAGCAGAUCCGCCGUGGUCAGGUCAUCGUCGCCCCCGGCACCAUCAAGUCGGCCAAGAAGUUCACCGCCCAGAUCUACGUCCUCAACAAGGAGGAGGGUGGCCGUCUUACCCCCUUCAUGGCCAACUACCGCCCCCAGCUCUUCAUGCGCACCACCGACGUGACCGUCUGCCUCACCUUCCCCGAGGGCACCGACCGUGCCUUUGAGAAGCUUGUCAUGCCCGGUGACAACGUCGAGAUGGUCGGUGAGCUCAUGCACGACAUUGCCCUCGAGGAGGGUACCCGUUUCACUCUCCGUGAGGGUGGCCGUACCAUUGGUACCGGUAUCGUUUCGUCGAUCAUGGAGUACGCUUAA